AUGGGAUCUUCUUUAACUACAUUAAAUGCAACUGAUGAAAGUAAAACGGGUGUAAACAAAAAGAAAAUAUGUUGCGUAUGCUUAGAUACAAAAAAAUUAAGAGAUGAAUGUAUUGUUAAAUUAGGAGAAAAAAAAUGCAAGAAAUUUAUUGAUGAUCAUAAUCAAUGCUUACGAAAUGAAGGAUUUUAUACUCCCUAUAAAAAUGCUAUCAAUUAUUUAUUUUAUUCUGUAUAUUUAAAAAAAAAAAAAAAAAAAAAAAAAAAAUAG